AAAGAAUGGAACAAUACAAAGUGUUGAAAGUACUAGGAGAGGGAUCCUUUGGCAGAGCUCUCCUAGUUCAUCAUAGAAUCAGUAACCAGAAGUAUGCAAUGAAGGAAAUAAGACUUCCUAUGUCUUCAUCUGAUGUAGAGAACUCUAGGAAGGAAGCAGUUCUUUUGGGUAAAAUGAAACAUCCAAAUAUCGUUGCCUACAAAGAAUCAUUUGAAGCUGAUGGACAUCUGUAUAUAGUGAUGGAAUAUUGUGAUGAUGGAGAUCUAAUGCAAAAGAUUAAAAACCAAAGAGGAAAGUUGUUCCCUGAAGAUACGAUCCUUCACUGGUUUGUGCAGAUGUGCCUGGGUGUGAAGCACAUUCAUGAUAAACGUGUGUUGCACAGAGAUAUCAAAUCCAAGAACGUCUUCCUCACUCAAAAUGGAAAAGUCAAAUUGGGAGAUUUUGGAUCUGCGCGCCUUCUUGCACAUCCAGCGUCAUACGCUUGCACGUAUGUGGGAACUCCUUAUUACGUACCUCCAGAAAUAUGGGAAAGCAUGCCCUACAACAACAAAAGUGAUAUAUGGUCUCUGGGAUGUAUUCUGUAUGAGCUGUGCACUCUUAGACAUCCAUUUCAAGCCAAUAGCUGGAAACAUCUCAUCCUUAAGAUAUGCAAAGGGUCCUACAAUCCACUACCAUCUCACUAUUGCUAUGAACUUCAUUACUUAAUAAAACAGAUGUUUAAGAGAAAUCCCAAGAAUCGUCCAUCAGCCAGUACUAUUCUUGCAAGAGGCUGCUUAAGCAAACUCAUCAAAAAUUGUGUGCCUUCCGAGCUGACAGAUGAGUUUGAGCAGAUAUUAAAGGAAACCAAGAAACAUGAAGGCAGUGCAGCAAGACCAAAGGGUAAUGUCAUGGCUGGUGGAAGCUCAAAUAAUAAGGAAGAAAAUAGACAAAGUAACGAUGAAAGCAAGCACAAUCCCUUAGAAAGGAAAAAUGGUACUAAGGAUUUGAUGGAAAGCACAAAGGAACAAAAGAAAUCUGAUGAAGAGGUAGAAGCUUCUGCCAUCCUCCCAGGAAUUACUGAUUUGUCGCAUCUCCAGAGGAGGCAAUGGGAAAAGAGGAUACCCAGUACUGUAGUGGAUGUCCUGGAAAAUGCAUCCUUGCUUUCAUCUAGUUUUACAUCUGAAGAGGCUCAAAGUGGCCGUGUUAUAACCUACAGUGGAAAGAAGCCACGUAAGCAGUGGAACAAGGAAACUCCUCAGACCCUGAUGAACAUUCUCAGUAACGCAGAUGUCAGCUUAGCAUUUAAAACCUACACAAUUUAUAAACCAGCUUCUGAAAACAUGUUUAGAGGUCCACUUUCUGAUGAAGCUGAAGCAUCUGAUGAAGUAGAUGGUGAACAUGAAGCUGUUGUUGUAGAUUCGGAGAGACUUGAACCUAGAUCUGAUGAAGAUGACACGUAUGUCCAAAUGACUUCCUUGUGUUUUUGUUUUCUUUCAUUCCUCAAAGUGAUCUUUGAAAAAGACAUCCCCCUGAAAAAAAAAAAUCAGUGUUUUUCUCAGCAUCUAAAUCCAUCCUUCUUUUAUGUAAUACUAAGUAGUAUUUGAUAUCUUACAGGCUUCCUUUGCUAUAUUUAUAGUUAUUGA